AGAGAGCCCUCCAGAGACUGGUGCCUGGGCCCGCGGACUGGAUGCCGUCGACUGUCCUCCAGGCCCUCACGGAAUACGGCCUGACGGCCGAGUUCGCCUCGCUCGCCGCCAGCGCCUCGGCGGCGGCUGCCCGGGUGUUCGUGUUCGAGAACCACCGGGACGGUGGCCUUCGCGCUCGGGCGCGGGCCCGGCGGCUCCUGGAGAAAUUGCACGAGGCAAACGACGUCAGCUUGGCCACGGUGGCGUGGAUCCGAAGCUCUUCCCUAUGCGGGCUCACAGCGGCGGCGGACGAGGUCGCGGCGGCCGAGCGGGCGGCGGGGCGCCCCCCAGUCCUGCUCGGCGUCGACCCCGACGACCUCCAGACGAAGAGGACUUGGCAGCGGCAGGCGACGCAGCUCCUGCGGCCUGCUCCUGGCGCCGCAAUGGCGCAUGCUCGCAGGAGGCUGGACCGGUGGCCGCUGCGAUCCCAGCCCCGGGACCGCCCCGCGCAGCUGGUGAACGUGGGGCGGCUGCUCAGCGCCCGCGGCACGCCUCGCGUUGCCGCGGCCUUCCUCCGCAUUGCCAUGAACGGGUGGUGCACGGCGCGGCGCUUCCAAGGGGGCGCGCCUUGUGCCCUCCACUGCGGCGGCGGAGCUGAUUGUAUAGAGCAUUACGCCCAAUGCGAAGUCUACCACGCGUUCUGUCGAAAGCACGCGGGGUUGGAGACCCCUGCGGGCAGGGACAGCAAGCUAGGGUGCUUUCUCAAUUUGCUGCCUUCGCAGGGCGUGGCGGGGGUCGAGAGAAGCGCGGAGCAGUGCACCCUCCUUCGCGCCCUCACAGUGUACGCGGCGUACAGGGCGCAAGCCGCGGUGCGGACUGGAUCGCUCCUGCGGCGCAGCGCCCCUGACGCGCUAGUUUCGUUUUUGAAAGAGGGCGCGAGGGGCCACGCGCAGCUGGGCGGCCUUCUGCGGCUUGCCCGGCGCCGCCCUCACUGGGGCGCAACUUAGCGUUUCUGCCGUUUUUCCUCUCCCCCCUCCUCCCUCGUCCUUCUUUCCUCCCUCCCUCGCCUCCUUCCUCCCUCUAGGCGUGCGCGCAUGACGUCGUGUGUCCCGCAGCGCCACGGGCGGUGCGCAUCGUGCACCGAAUCCGGGACGCACCGACUCCGUGACAUUAUCACUCUGUCUGUACAAGCCGGCCUGGGAACAGUCGAAUGUGUAACAGCAUCCCUCCUUAGCCCCUGCAGGAGCCACCGGGCACUUUAACGCAAGUGCCUGCCUGGGGGAGACGAGGUAGCAGCAACAAAUCUUAAAGCUGCAUUGCUGCCACUGUGUUGCAUGGUAGUCGCACGGGGUGCGAUUUAUUUAUUUUGCAGCUGAAAAACCUGAACUCCUGAUCUUUGCGGGCUGUCUUGGGCCGCCUUCGCCGCCCAUGCGGGGCCUCCCCGCUCGCUGCCUCCGAAACAAAGUGGCUGAAAAAAUCUUCAGCCACUUUGUCGGCACCCCCCUCCUCUGCUGCGCUCUCCUCCCUCCUCCUCUUUCCCUUGGCACGUGAAUGUUCUCGCGUCCUCCCACCGCCUCCCCUGGGGGCCCCACGCC